UAAAAUAAUAUUACUUUUAAAUUUGUUUUAAUCCUGCUUUGAAGUGUUUGGUUUUGGGGGAAAGAAAUUGGAACUAAGAAAUUCUAUAAUUAAAUUUAAAAAUUUAUUUUAUUGAAUUAAUUAAAAAGAAAUCCACGUUCUUCUAACGCUCGUUCGAUUGAACGUGUGACUAUAGUAAAGACUUCAAUUACCUCUGAAGAUGCCUAAGAAGACCAGUGCUUUUAAAAGAUGGCGACAAUCACAUCGCAAAUUAAUAAUGGGCAUUAUUGGCUUUUCGCUGGGCAUAUUUGGUGUCCUGUGCGGCAUGUUUUGGGAGCAAAUCUUUAAUUACAUUAUGGAGAAGGAAUUGAUAUUGCGUCCCGGUUCACGUAUUUAUGAAUCAUGGAAAAAGCCGCCAUUAAAAUUAAGUUUAGAUAUAUAUAUGUUUAAUUGGACCAAUCCAGAAGAAUUUAGAAACUCUACUGCAAAACCAAUCCUACAACAGUUGGGUCCAUAUAGAUUCAUAGAAAAGCCUGACAAAGUUGAUAUUGUGUGGAAUCCUGAAAACGAAACAGUGACAUAUCGCAGAAAAAGUGAUUUCUUCUUUGAUGCUGAAGGUAGUAACGGAAGCCUAGACGAUGAGGUCACAACUCUUAAUGCUGUAGCUCUGUCAGCAGCAGCUAAAGCGAAACACUGGAACUCAGUACGUCGUAAAAUGGUUGAUGUUGGUUUAAAAUUGUAUAGUCAAGAAAUUUCUGUGAUAAAAUCUGUCGAUGAAUUAUUAUUUACUGGUUAUAAUGACAAUAUGAUUGACGUGGCUCGAGCAGUACCAAUAUUUGGCAAUGAAGUUGAAGUUCCUUUCGACAAAUUUGGCUGGUUUUACACUCGUAAUGGCAGUGCAGAUUUAACGGGUGUUUUUAAUGUUUAUACUGGGGCUGGUGAUAUCACAAAACUUGGUCAAAUGCAUUCCUGGAAUUAUAAAUCGGAUACAGGUUUUUUUGACUCCUAUUGUGGUAUGACAAAUGGUUCAGCUGGUGAAUUUCAUCCACCGAAUUUGAAGGAAGGUGGUUCGGUAUCAUUAUUUACACCCGAUAUGUGUAGAACUAUACCAUUGGAUUAUGUGGAAACGGUUACAAUUGAGAGAAUAAAAGGAUACAAGUUUGCUGGUGGACAACGUUCUAUUGAUAAUGGAUCCCUAUAUCCGGAGAAUUCCUGUUUCUGUGGUGGUGAAUGUGUGCCUUCUGGUGUUAUGAAUAUAUCGUCAUGUCGUUUUGGUUCUCCAGUAUUUAUGUCUUAUCCACAUUUUUAUAUGGCCGAUGAGUAUUAUUUAAAUCAAGUAGAAGGACUUGAACCAAAUAAAGAAAAUCACGAAUUUUACAUGAUUUUGGAACCUAAGACUGGUGUUGCAUUAGAGGUAGCAGCACGUUUUCAAGUAAAUAUGCUUGUUGAACCAAUUCAUACAGUAAGUUUGUAUGAAAAUAUACCACGGAUUUUCUUUCCGCUUAUAUGGUUUGAGCAAAAGGUACGGAUAACUCCUGCACUGGCGUCGGAUAUAAAAACUUUGCCCGUCAUAUUGGCGGUAGGACAAAUUUUUGCAGGUGUCUGUUUUGCUAUUGGAAUUAUACUACUUUGCUGGUAUCCAUUAGAAGAACUUUGGCGUAAACAUCGUCCUGUUGAUCUCAAAACACGAGGACAUAGUGAAAAUGGAAAGCUGACUACAAUAUCAGUUGGAGAUGAAUCCAAAACUAAAUUGUCAACAGCAGAAAAAGAAAAAUUACCAGAUAGUUCACCAUUAUUGGAAAAAGAAUAUAAAAAACCAGAAAUUGUCACAAAAUCUGAAAAUAUUAACAGUGUUGCUAUGGAUACUACAUGCGAUGAAAACUUAUUCUCAAAGAAAGAAGAAUAGUGGGGUUUUAACUCGGUGCCGUGCUACCGCCGUCCUUGUUUGAAACUUACUUUAACUUAUUUGUUUUUCAUUUUUGCUACAAGAUUUUUAAAAAAUACGAAUUUUUUGUAAUUUAAAUUAGUAUGCCUGUAUGUAGGUUAAUUAUGAAAUCAGUUUUUUUAUUAACUGGUCUAAAACUAUAAGAAUACAAAUAUUUUUUAAUUU